AUGUGGAGGGGAAAUUAUAUUACGUAUGUGAUUCUGCAGUUGUGUAGUUUAUUCCAUAUUGAACAAGGAUUUUAUGUUCCUGGUGUUGCACCAGUUGAAUUCAGAGAUGGUGAUCCGAUUGAAGUUAAGGGCAUAAAAAUAACGUCAACGAAGACUGUAGUACCAUAUGAGUAUUAUUCGUUGCCUUUUUGUCGCCCGCAGGGCGCAAUACAUUACAUUUCCGAAAAUCUGGGUGAAGUAAUGCGAGGUGAUCGCAUCGUAAAUACACCUUUUGCGAUAUUCAUGAAACGUGAUAUAAAAUGCAACACAACGUGCUCACCACGUUCUCCGGUAUCUCUUAACCCAGAGGAAUCGGAAAAUUUGGCAAAUAGAAUCAAAGAGGAAUAUCAUGUGCAUUUAUUGGUUGAUAAUCUUCCAUGUAUUACAAGAUAUCAAAUUGAAAAUUCAAAUGAAGUAAUUUAUGAGAACGGUUAUCGUCUUGGUUGGGAAAAUAACAAUCGUUACUAUGUAAAUAAUCAUCUGGAUAUAAUUCUACGCUAUCACCAACCGAGACCGGAUGUUUAUCGUGUUGUUGGCUUUGAAGUACAGCCACAGAGUAUUGAUAGCAGUCGCUUUAAAUUUUCUUCUGAUUCACCGGAAUGUACAAUAACUGAUGGGGAAAAUCAGGAAGUGGGAAAAGGUAUAAAUAAUAUAAUUUGGACCUAUUCAGUGACGUGGGAAGAAAGUGAUGUUCCUUGGGCUAGUCGUUGGGAUGCUUAUUUAUCAAUGAAAGAUGUUCAGAUUCAUUGGUUCUCAAUCGUGAACUCAAUAGUUGUCAUCUUAUGUUUAUUUGGCUUUCUGAGCGUCAUCAUUGUUCGAACUGUACGGCGAGAUAUUGCAAAAUAUAAUAAAGGCGAAGAUUUGGAUGAUACAUUGGAAGAAUCUGGAUGGAAAUUGGUUCACGGUGAUGUAUUUCGUCCUCCUCCUGGUUCGAUGCUUUUGGUAAAUUUUGUGGGUACAGGUAUCCAGCUUGUUGGUAUGGUCGCCAUUACGGUUUUCUUUGCUAUGCUAGGAAUGCUAUCACCAGCAAGUCGAGGGUCGUUAAUGUCUGCAGCAAUUGUUCUCUUUUGUUUGAUGGGUCUUGUUGCUGGAUAUCAUGCUGGUCGUCUUUAUAGAACAUUGAAAGGUACAAGUCCUCGAAAAUGUGCAUUUCGAACAGCUGUGCUUUUCCCUUCAGUUAUUCUCGGUACUGGCUUUUUGCUAAACUUUUUCCUAAUUGGGAAACAUUCAUCCGGAGCUAUACCAUUUACAACAAUGAUUGCACUUCUACUUUUAUGGUUCGGAGUUGAUUUACCGCUUCUAUUUCUUGGAUUUCAUUUUGGUUUCCGAAAGCAGUCAUAUUCUCAUCCAGUUCGUACGAACCAAAUUCCACGUCAGGUUCCUGACCAACCAUGGUAUUUGCAAACAUUACCGUGUAUGCUUCUUGCUGGAAUUCUUCCAUUCGGAGCUGCUUUCAUUGAAUUGUUCUUUAUAUUUUCUGCUAUUUGGGAGAAUCAAUUCUACUAUCUUUUCGGAUUCCUCUUUAUUGUCUGUGUUAUUCUGUUCAUAUCAUGUGCACAAAUCUCCAUUGUUGUAACAUAUUUCCUUCUAUGUGCUGAGAAUUAUCAUUGGUGGUGGAAAUCUUUUGUUAUCAGUGGUGGAUCUGCUGUUUAUGUUAUGGGAUAUGCAACCUUCUAUUACUUUAGCAAGCUUAAUAUUAUUGGCUUCAUUCCGACACUUCUCUACUUCAGCUAUAGUUUUCUGAUGGCAUUAGCAUUUUGGAUUUUGACAGGCACGAUUGGUUUCUAUGCGGCUUAUUCCUUUUUGUGUCGAAUUUAUGCUGCUGUUAAAAUUGAUUAG